AUCGUCUAUGUCUCGGUACUAGGGCCUUUGCUAGUUGCUGCGCUAUUGGAAUGGAUAUUAUUUCUUGCAGCCUUCAUUUAUUGCCUCGUUAAAGUCUAUCAGAAAGCAGACCACUGGAGCAUCAAAGUUCUGGCAGUCGUUAUGAUUUUACUUUUCACAUUGCUCAGAGGAAUAUUCUUUCCAGUCAUGAUCGCCAUCCUUCCCUUGCCGACACAGAUAACUCGCUAUUUUCCGACGAGAUUGACCUCCGUUCUACAAUGGUUCGCUUUCUGGACCUUCUCCGUCCUUCUCGUGAUACCCUGGCUAUUUUGCGUUAAUCGGCUCAUCAUAAAUUCUCUGGGAAGAACCAAGCGAGUGAAACAAGCAUUGGAUGAUCGCACUGCACCUAAGACGGUCAUAGUCAUGCCGGUCUUCAAAGAAGAACCACACGUACUAAUGAAGGCGAUCGACUCGGUCGUCUGCAGUGAUUAUCCAGCAUACUGUAUUCAUGUGUUUCUCUCUUACGACGGAGGCCAGAUUGAUGAGUCUUAUCUUCAGGUUAUCCAGCAUCUCGGCAUUCCCAUCUCGUUGGAGACCUACCCGCAGAGCAUUGAUGUGACAUACAAAGGUGCAAGGAUAACGGUGUCCCGCUUCAAGCAUGGCGGCAAACGACAUUGCCAAAAGCAAACUUUCAGGCUGAUCGACAAGGUGUACGCUGAUUACCUCAGGCGUCAAGACGACCUCUUCCUUCUAUUCAUCGAUUCUGACUGCAUUCUUGACAAGCUGUGCCUACAAAAUUUCAUGUACGACAUGGAGUUGAAACCAGGAAGCAAGCAUAACAUGCUGGCAAUGACUGGUAUCCUCACGUCAACGACAGCGAAGAACUCUCUCAUCACAGUCUUGCAGGACAUGGAGUAUGUCCACGGUCAACUCUUUGAGCGCUCGGUGGAAUCUGGAUGUGGUGCUGUUACCUGCCUUCCAGGGGCGCUAACAAUUCUGAGGUUCUCGGCUUUUCGCAAGAUGGCCAAGUACUAUUUUGCGGACAAGGCUGAGCAGUGUGAGGAUCUCUUCGACUACGGCAAAUGCCAUCUCGGCGAAGAUCGAUGGCUUACGCACCUUUUCAUGAUCGGUGCAGCCGAGCGCUAUCAGAUCCAGAUGUGCACCGGUGCCUUUUGCAAAACCGAAGCUGUUCAGACUUUCAGUAGCCUCCUGAAGCAACGACGCCGCUGGUUUCUGGGCUUCAUCACCAACGAAGUGUGCAUGCUAACCGAUGCCAGACUCUGGAGGCGAUAUCCGCUUCUCUGCUUGGUACGCUUCAUGCAGAAUACAAUCCGGACGACCGCUUUGCUGUUUUUAAUCCUGGUUGUGUCACUCAUCACUACAUCUAGCAAGAUAGAGAAUCUUCCCGUGGGAUUCAUCGCAAUCUCUCUAGGUCUGAACUACCUGCUGAUGCUUUAUUUUGGGCUGAAGCUCAAGCGGUUCAAAGCUUGGCUCUACCCGUUGAUGUUCAUUGUGAAUCCCUUCUUCAAUUGGCUCUACAUGGUGUAUGGUAUUUUCACGGCCGGCCAGCGCACAUGGGGAGGACCCCGCGCGGACGCAGCAAAAGCGGACGAGCAUACAUCACCGGAGGAAGCAGUAGAAAAAGCUCGGGAGCAAGGAGAUGAGCUCAACGUGAUGGUUGAUACGUUUCGAACCAAGAAGGACGAAAGAGGCAUACCCGUCCGCCCAAGCAAGAAAAUCCACGGACGCUUGUCGGGUGCACCACCACUUCCCCAUGAUUACGGCGAUCUUCACAAACAAGAAGACCUCGAGUCCGCCAUGGUCAAGUACAUGACACCUCUUCCUGGAGUACCUCGGAUAGGGCUGCAUCCGUCCUACUCUCUGGAGUCAGUGGCAACAACAGAUUCUGGUACCAAUUCAAUCUGUCUCCCCCUGCCCGUGGAGAGCUUAGUCAAGGGACAGGAGCAGGCCAGACACUAUCACGCUAGUGGUACACCAGGGUAUACCGAGUCUGCAGUAGACAUCAAGACGAGCUAUAGAUCUGGAGUCGCAGUCGUUGGGUCGCGUCUACCAUCAGCGGAGGACUAUGAGAGUGGCAUAGUGCAUUUGUCAAGCGACCAGACACAUGCUGCAGCCACAUAUAGCACUGCGAGUGAAACAAUAGACGCGGAUGCCGACUAUCGGAACGUUAUUACGACCGACGGACCAGGCAUAAAACCCCUUUGACUCAGCAGUAUGUUUCUGUUCCUGCCAGCGCGGGCCUGCGGUGAUUUUUCCCACCGGAUUAG